GUGUUUUUCCUCUCUCUCUCUCUCUCGGCAGCGCACACAGUCUGCCUGUAGAACUUCAGUCUAGCAUAAGUGUGUGUGAGCUCGCGUGAGCUGGAGGAUGAUGAUGGAUGCAAUGCCGUGUCGUCUCGUGUUUUUAGCCCUCUUUUUUGGAGCCAGGAUCCAGCACACACAAGCCUUACAAUGCUACUGUCAUCGGUGCCCGAACCACACCUGUGCCACAGACGGUCUGUGCUACGUGUCUAUCACCAAAUCGGGCAGCGUCACCACGCAACAGAGCUGGUGCAUCAGCGAGACGGAGCUUAUCCCACGCGACCGGCCCUUUGUCUGCGCGCCUUCCACAAAGGACGACACUGGGAUUUUCCCAAUGUGCUGUGACACAGACUGGUGCAACAAGAACCCAGACCUCACAUUAAUCCCAGUGCCAACACAGAAGCCACAGGUGUUGGGACCCGUAGCAUUUGCGGCCCUGAUCGCGGGCCCCGUGUGCGUGGUGUGCUUCAUGAUGGUUACCGUGUUUUACAUCUGCCACAGCCGCUCGGUGAUCCAUCACCGUGUGCCUAAUGAGGAAGAUCCCUCGUUGGACCACCCCUUCAUCACCGUGGGAGCCACACUUAAAGACCUCAUCUACGACAUGACCACAUCAGGCUCGGGCUCCGGUUUGCCUCUCCUUGUGCAGAGGACCAUAGCAAGAACCAUUAUCCUACAGGAAAGCAUCGGCAAGGGCCGCUUCGGAGAGGUGUGGCGAGGGAAGUGGAGAGGAGAGGAGGUGGCAGUCAAGAUCUUCUCCUCCAGAGAGGAACGGUCCUGGUUUCGGGAGGCGGAGAUCUACCAGACCGUGAUGCUCCGCCAUGAGAAUAUUCUGGGCUUCAUCGCCGCUGACAACAAAGACAAUGGGACAUGGACCCAGCUGUGGUUGGUUUCAGACUACCACGAGCACGGCUCACUAUUCGACUACCUGAAUCGGUAUACAGUGACCGUGGAGGGCAUGAUCAAGCUGUCUCUGUCCACUGCCAGCGGCCUGGCUCACUUGCACAUGGAGAUUGUGGGAACACAAGGCAAGCCUGCUAUCGCCCACAGGGAUUUAAAAUCAAAGAACAUCUUAGUCAAGAAGAACGGCACAUGCUGUAUCGCCGACCUGGGCUUGGCCGUGCGCCACGACUCAGCCACAGAUACCAUCGACAUUGCCCCCAAUCACAGAGUGGGCACCAAAAGGUAUAUGGCUCCAGAGGUGCUGGAUGAUUCGAUAAAUAUGAAGCAUUUUGAGCCUUUUAAGAGGGCAGACAUCUACGCCAUGGGCUUGGUCUUUUGGGAAAUUGCCAGCAGAUGUUCUAUGGGAGGUAUUCAUGAAGACUACCAGCUGCCGUACUAUGAUCUGGUGCAGUCGGACCCUUCAGUAGAGGACAUGAGGAAAGUCGUGUGCGAACAGAAAUUACGGCCUAACAUUCCAAACAGGUGGCAGAGCUGUGAGGCUCUACGGGUCAUGGCCAAGAUCAUGAGGGAAUGCUGGUAUGCCAAUGGAGCCGCUCGCCUCACCGCCCUGCGCAUCAAAAAGACCCUGUCCCAACUCAGCCAGCAGGAGGGAAUUAAAAUGUAGGCCAGUUGGCACCGUUUCAAAAACUGACACUAUUACACUAGUUAUCGUUACCUUUAUCACUAUCCUUUAUUAUCGCAUCACACUCUGUUCUCAAGGGAGGACGUGAGCACUUUGAAUGAAGUUUUGCAUUUGUUUUUUUUCGACCGUCUUAUCGUCGCGCGUGGACUUUGCCGUGGCCCUACGAGGAUUAGAGAAUAUGUACUCUUCCCAGCCCUGCACCCGUGAUGAAAUAACCCAUAUCUUCUUGUAGGGGAACGUCCAUCUGUUUUUAUUGAUAGGCUGACCCGGAGGAUUACGGGAUAUCGGUUUCCAACAUAUGAGCAUGGCAGAUACGGGUGCUGGGUAAAUGAAAGAAAAGAAGGAUUUAUUUUGUAUUUAUACAACUGUUUUUUUUCUCUCAUGGAUGGCUGACUGUUUACGGUUGACUGAUUUCUGUGGGACCUUAUUUUUGCACCUUGAUUUUUCUUUUUUUCACUGCUGUUCUUCAGGUCAGUGCAACUUGUGGGUUUUUUUUUUCUUUUUUGCAAAAACAAAACUGGACACGACCUCAUUCAGUCUUGGCGAACAUGCUGUGACAUAUGCAAUAUAGAUAAAAGCUACUUUAUAUUUUUACUGCUCUGCUACAACAACUUCAACUCCAAUGACAACCAUGCCUUCCAAGCCAGGUGUUACCAGAAAGUGCCACUGCUUUGAACCAACCCACCCUCACGGUGUGAGCCGGCCCCUUCGGUCAGUAAACCGUAAAGAUUUUUCAUAAAGGUUCUUCAGGCGUCUCUUAUGCACAAGGAGCAAAAGGGGCCACCACACUCGAAUCUCGCUGGUGCCAUUCUUUAUCAUUUCUGCCUCUUCAUCAUCUUCAUCGAUGCAGCAAUGAGGGAUGUAACAACAAUCCAGACCUCUUCUCAUUUUAUGGCUUCUGUUUUUCGGACAAUAUGUACUCUAUUCGGGGCAAUAGCUGCACAUUGGUACGCCAAUGACUGACCCGACUACCCUGUUGGUGCUGUGAUUGGACACCUGUCUUUGUUCUCUCGUUCGAUUGGUCGGAGAGGGGAAUCCGUGAAAGCUAACGUGGGUCAACGGGCCAGUUUGUGAAAAGUACUACAUCAAGGACUUGGUAUUUGUCACUUGGUACAAAAAAUAAAGAGGAGGUGAGUGACUAGCUAUGGCCACUGGUGGCAUCGAAUGGAAAAAGAAAAAGAUUGCAUUAUAAAAUGAAUAAAUGAAGUUGCCCUACGAUAAGAAUAUUAGACGAUUCCGUUUUCAUUGUAUAAAAUGGUACAGUACAUGCAGAUAAACAGAACAAAUGGAUAUUCACCAAGCCAUAGGUUUUCCAACAUUUUGUGUGUCAACAGAAUUUAUGAAAGAUAUAUAAAUUCUGCAUUUCGAGCUAGACUUUAAGGACCAAUUGGUUUUGUUGUAAAAAGCUAUGUUUGAAUGGACUAUAAUAAUAGUAAGGUCAAUACAAUAUGUAACAGAAUACAUAAAUGUAGCACCAGUUCUUGCAGUUUAGUGUCUCUAUGGAGGUGAACCAACCGUGUUGCCACCCAGACAAGCUUACUGUCUCCAGUAUCAAAGCCGGAUGAUAUUCAAUAGCGUUGUGUUACAUAGUUGCAUUCAUAGAGACUGAAACGGCGCUCUAAACUUGACUAAACAAGUUUCUGUCGACUUUAUUUUCUCAAGGUAUCAUUUUCUGAACUUUAAGAGCUUUUUUAACCAUGUAACUUGAGAUUUUUGAUUUGUAAUAUCCCUGCAACACUUUAUAUACUAGAAAUCGCCAGUGACAAUUUCAGUGAUUAAUAAGUCCCUUAGUUUUUUUUUUUUUUUUAUUGAAUGUUUUCAUUGGUUUAGCAAUAACUGCAGUUCAAGGAUGUUGUUUGCUUUGCUCUGCUGGUCAAGUAUUUGGUCAUGCGUCUGUGAAUAACAUUGCUGCUAUGCAUUAUGAGUCUCUUUGCUGGAGCAGGUAAAGACAUGGUAGUUCACAGUACCAAAAGAAGCCCAAAUCUUUGCUGGUAUAUUUAUUUUCAUUUUUAAUAAACCAUUGAUGUAGUAAUUAAGAUUAUUAAGUGUUUCAAAAUAAACACAACUAUGUGUUAUGAGUUUAAGAGUUUGUUUGAAUCUGCAUUAGGUAAAUGAAUCUGUAUUUCAGUACACAAAUCUGUGCCAGUCACUCGAAUUAAAAGUAUUAUUAAAGUCUGUAAUUUCUUGAUCGUUGGACAUGUCACCCAGAGACCCAGUGAGCUGUUAUAUGCGUAGACGUUGCAACCCUACCUCAAGGCAUUUCGUGGUAUAGUCACAAAAUAUUUGAUUUAUUUAUUCAUGUUCAUGGACAUGAUUUUCCUCUUUUUCGUGUCAUUGAUGAAUUUAUAUAAAUAGUUUUUCGUGUCCCUGAGAAAAACGUUCUUUUUUGUGUUAUUGACGAAUUUAUAUCAAUUGUUUUUUGUGUCCCUGAGCACAACUUUCUUUUUCAUCUCAUUGGCGAAUUUUUAUAAAUAGUUUUUCGUGUCCCUGAGAACGACUUUCUUUUUCGUGUAAUUGACGAAUUUAUAUAAAUAGUUUUUCGUGUCCCUGAGCACAACUUUUCCGUGUCAUUGACGAAUUUCUAUAAAUAGUUUUUUGUGUCCCUGAGAACUACUUUCUUUUUCGUGUCAUUGACGAAUUUCUAUAAAUAGUUUUUGUGCCCCUGAGAACGACAUUUCUUUUUCGUGUCAUUGACGAAUUUAUAUAAAUAGUUUUUCGUGUUCCUGAGAACAACUUUCUUUUUCGUGUCAUUGAAGAAUUUCUAUAAAUAGUUUUUGUGCCCCUGAGAACGACAUUUCUUUUUCGUGUCAUUGACGAAUUUAUAUAAAUAGUUUUUCGUGUUCCUGAGAACAACUUUCUUUUUCGUGUCAUUGAAGAAUUUCUAUAAAUAGUUUUUCAUGUCCCUAAGACCGACUUUCUUUUUCGUAUAAUUGAUGAAUUUCUAUUAAUAGUUUUUCGUGUCCCUAAGAACGACUUUCUUUUUCGUGUCAUUGACUAAUUUCUAUAAAUAGUUUAUUGUGUCCCUGAGAACGACUUUCUUUUUCUUGUCAUUGACGAAUUUAUAUAAAUAGUUUUUCGUGUUCCUGAGAACAAGUUUCUUUUUCUUGUCAUUGACGAAUUUAUAUAAAUAGUUUUUCGUGUUCCUGAGAACAAGUUUCUUUUUCGUGUCAUUGAAGAAUUUCUAUAAAUAGUUUUUCGUGUCCCAAGAACGACUUUCUUUUUCAUGUCAUUGGCGAAUUUCUAUAAAUAGUUUUUUGUGUCCCUAAGAACGACUUUCUUUUUCAUGUCAUUGGCGAAUUUCUAUAAAUAGUUUUUCGUGUGCCUGAGCACGACUUUCUUUUUGGCCUAAUUAACAAAUUUUUAUAAAUAGUUUUUCGUGUCCCUGAGCACGACUUUCUUUUUUGCGUCAUUGACGAAUUUAUAUAAAUAGUUUUUUGUGUCCCUGAGCAUGACUUUCUUUUUCGUGUAAUUGACGAAUUUAUAUAAAUAGUUUUUCGUGUCCCUGAGCACGACUUUCUUUUUCGUGUAAUUGACGAAUUUCUAUAAAUAGUUUUCCGUGUCCUUGAGAACGACUUUCUUUCUCGUGUUAUUGACGAAUUUCUAUAAAUACAUUUUCGUGUCCCUGAGCACGACUUUCUUUUUCGUGUAAUUGAUGAAUUUCUAUAAAUCUUUUUUUGUGUCCCUGAGCAUGACUUUUCUGUGUCAUUGACAAAUUUCUAUAAAUAGUUUUUUGUGUCCCUGAGAACGACUUUCUUUUUCGUGUCAUUGACGAAUUUCUAUAAAUAGUUUUUCGUGUGCCUGAGCAAGACUCUUUUUCGUGUAAUUGAUGAAUUUAUAUAAUUAGUUUUUCCUGUCCCUGAGAACGACUUUCUUUUUCAUGUCAUUGACGAAUUUAUAUAAAUAGUUUUUUGUGUGCCUGAGCACGACUUUCUUCUUCGCGUAAUUGACGAACUUAUAUAAAUAGUUUUUCGUGUGCCUGAGCACGACUUUCUUUCUCGUGUCAUUGACGAAUUUAUAUAAAUUGUUUUUUUGUGUGCCUGAGCAAGACUCUCUUUUUCGUGUAAUUGACGAAUUUAUAUAAAUCGUUUUUUAUGUCCCUGAGAAUGACUUUCUUUUUCGUGUCAUUGACGAAUUUCUAUAAAUAGUUUUUCGUGACCCUGAGAAUGACUUUCUUUUUCGUGUUAUUGACGAAUUUCUAUUAAAAGUUUUUCGUGUCCCUAAGAACAACUUUCUUUUUCGUGGAAUUUAUGAAUUUGUAUAAAUAGUUUUUCGUGUCCCUGAGCAAGACUUUCUUUUUCGUUUAAUUGAAAUAAUUUCUCUAAAUAGUUUUUCGUGUCCCUGAGCACGACUUUCUUUUUCGUUUAAUUGAAAUAAUUUCUCUAAAUAGUUUUUCGUGUCCCUGAGCAUGACUUUCUUUUUCGUGUCAUUGACGAAUUUCUAUAAAUAGUUUUUUGUGUCCCUGAGCCAAACUUUAUUUUUCGUUUAAUUGACGAAUUUCUGUAAAUUGUUUUUAGUGUCCCUGAGGACGACUUUCUUUUUUUGUGUCAUUUUAUGUAUUUGUUUUUCUAUGUUUAAACCAUUGUUGCUUUAAAAAGCUGACAAUAGUAAAAAAAUUGGAAAAAGGAUACAUAAAAAGACAUGAAAAAGAACAAUUUACAAAAAAAGAGGGAAAUGGUGUUCACAAACACAAAUAAAUAUUUUUUUCCUGAAUAUACCACGAAAUGCCUUAAGAUUGGGUUGAUAUAGGGUGAAUGAAUGAAUGACUCCUGCUACAUGUUAAAAAUGCAAAAUUCCUGAAUGAAGUACUUUUUAUUGCGUGGAUAGGAAGUAUUGUCUAUAAAUAAUGUGUAAAUGUAUAUAAAUAUGUAUGUUUGUGUGUCUGGCUGGCGGCUCUACGCCUUGUACAGUCUGUUACCGAAAAAUGAAAUUAAAGAGUAAAUUACACAAUUUUACAAAAGAGCAACGAACGCCAGAGGAAGACGUUAGCAAAAGGGAAAAUUAAUUUUGGAUGUUACUACGGUUGUUUCAGGGAAGUGCAGUUAAGCUUCACGCCACGUCAGUCAUUAUGAUGUUGGUUUUACAUUUUAUAUCGCCUUUUGUUUCACAUUCAAACAUAGUAACGUUAACAUACGUUCUAUUAUAACACGCAGUUUUCCUAUUGGCUAUAAAGGCCAGGCCACACCAGCUAUGUAUAACUUGACAGAAAAACCAUACCAUUGCACCUCUGGUUUCACAUGAAUGGGCGAGACCCCAAGGCGUCUUUCAAACAGACCAUUCAUUUUUAGUGUAGCUGUUUUUCUAAAUUUUGAGAAUGGACUGUUUGAGAAGACUGCAUCUUUGAAGUCUCAUGAACCUCUAGCAGCUAACAUCUCACUUGAACGUCAGUGCCUCCUCCAAACUCAUUUGCAGCAUAGGGCACUAGUCAGCAUUCGUUUAUGGAGAUUUCAGCAUGUUUUCAGUAGCCCGGAAGGUCGCAUCAGGUCCCCUUACUUGACCCAGACACCUUUUGGUCAAAAUUCUCAGCCUGUGAUCGUUCAGUGGCAAAUUAUGCAAAAGUUUCACGCACAAACUUGUUUCAUUACAUAUUGCGCCGUUUCAGGAAGACUAAUAAAUGUAAUCGCGACUGGCUGGGUGUAAAUGUCUAACCCUAAUGUGACAGACGUGAAUGUUAAUAGCUCAGCAUCCCCGCAAUGUGCCGCCAACAACAGCACAAUUUGCAUAAUUUCUAUCAAGGUCACCCAUAUGCCGUUUUAAGGGGGUGUUUGAAAAUACACGGGUCUUACACUUCUUUAUGCAAAUUCAUUGGGUCACGCGGACCUCAGGCUCUCCACGAGCAAUCGCUUUAUUUCUAGUUUGAUUGUACAGCUAUGCCAAUAUCCGGACACUGUGAGGAAGGCUUUUGAUGGACGGUGGCCCGGCUACACCAAAAAUCGUCUAUCUCGUAUAAAGUACAGUUACAGUAGGGCUGCUAGGAUUUGAUAAAAACGGUAACAUGAAGUACAAGAGAGAUGUCUGGGUCAAUUAAGGGCAGCAAUGAGCUCAAGUUACCCAUGGUGCAUUUCACUCGGUAAGUGUGUGGUUCGUGGAAUGGUAAAGGAAAGCUUUAUCGUGUUGUAUUUGGUGCCUAAGUUUGACUAUGUCUUUGUUUUUAUAUUCCACUUAAAAAGGUGCACUGCAUGGGAUUAUUUCUUAUGGUUGCAUCACCUUUUCUUUUUUUAAAUGUAUAUUUCAAGACGAAAAAAAAUGAUUUAAUUUCAAUGUGUUUUAUAAAGGUCAAAAAGUAAAAAAAUACCUCCUCUGCAGACCAAUGUGUUUUUACCUCACUGUAUAUAUUUGAUUUGUUUACUCUGCAUUUUUUUUUCUUUAAAAUGCUAAAAAUGACAUUUUGUGUCCGUGGUACUUGUCAGUGUCAAUGGCAUCGUGUCGUAUUAUUGUCCAGACAGUAUAUAUUCCUUCUUUAAACCAUUUAUUUGGUUUGAUUUUUCUUAUUUUGUUCUGUAUAUGGAUUACAAGUGCUUAAUGAUGUCAUACUAUAUCCUUUAAUGCCUCCUCCUUCUCCUCAGCUGUAUAGGAAAUGCCUUGUAUACUGUUUCUUUUCAAAAAAAUAAAAAUUAUUAAAAAGAAAGGUGAAUUGAGACGUGUGGGGAAUUUCACAGAGACUACAUGACAGAUACAAUGUGACCUGUGUCCUGUCUGAUUUUUAAAGGAUUAAGUAUUGAUUUUUUAAGGCCUUACAAUCAACUACAUAGAAGUAUAGUGGAGUGACGCUCAGUGUUGCUUUCUAACAUAGUGGAGUAGAGAUGGGUGUUAAUAAAAAAAUCUCAAAACUU